AUGUCGCCGCCUCAACAGCAGCAGCGCUCGGUGGCCGAGUUACUGGAACAUUUACACCUGGAAAGCAGUCAGCCGCCUGACGAGCGCUUCGCAUGGCUGCACCGGCACUCGCAGCACACGCAGCACCCGUUGGUGCAGUUCGAGUUCAGCAAGACGCACCUCACGCUUCGCAUUGUGCCCAAGAGGCUCCGAAGGACAGGGGAUCGAGGUCGCAAGUCGGCCAGCCACGAGAAGGCGCCGUCGACAGGAAGCAGCAGCAGCAGCUCCGAGGAGGGGGAGAAGCCAAGGGACCCGAUCUUCAUGAAGCUCCAGUGGGACGAAGUCCUAGGCGCUCACCUGCAGAUGGCGUGUGGACAGCCGCUGUGUCGACGGUCCAUCGUCCCGCGCCGAGUCUACAUGCUGGCGCUCUACGCGUGUCCUUCGGAGGGAUUGAUGACCAACGGAAGUCAACAACACCACCACCACCUGCACCACCACAAGGACGAUCUCCCCACUAAGCGUCGGCUGCGAGAAUGGACUUUCAGAUUCUACGGCGACGAGAUCGAGCGCGUUACUCAACUGCACCACGCCUUGAACAAGUGGGCCGACCCGCGCCGCGAUUCUCUCGAGGAAAUUCACACUCAAGCUCUCUUCAAGCCGGACGAGGCCAUCUCAGGCCCACAGCGGAAAUUCCGCGUGCUCAUUGACCCCAGUGAAGGAGCAGGGUGGAGUCUGCGCAAGUACGAGCAGUUCGUGGCGCCCAUGUUCCGCGUCGCCAACAUCGAGACGACUCUGGAAAUCACGGCUGAUGUUGAGCGCAUCCGCGAGAUCGCCAAACAGCUCCCACUCAACCACUUCGAGUGUGUCGCGGUAGCAGGUGGCGACAAUUAUCUGCAUGAGUUUAUCCAAGGACUCAUGGCUCGACCUGACUGGAAGCAAGCCAUUCGGCAGCCGUUGGGUAUUCUACCGAUCGACAGUGGCUCAGCAAACGGGCUUGCUGCCUCUGUCGCCCACCACGGCCACGAAAACUUGGACUUGGUGAAUUCAGCCUUCACUUUAGUCAAGGGCCGACCACAAGACCUUGACAUCACUUCC